AUGGAAGCUUACAAUAUAGAAUUGGAUUAUGACAUCGACACGUUUCUGAGUAGGAGACCACCUACUCCUACUCCUCAGUAUCUGCCAGAGACAAUAGUAGUGAGCGAGCCACCAAGCAAAAAAAGAAGGGGGAGGAAAAACCAACCGUCCGCCGAACCAUCAGCCGAACCGUCUGCCAAGCCAGCAUCGGUCAAGCCGUCUGCCAUCAACCUCUCGUCCAAGCACGCCGGAACAUGA